AUGAGCAGCAUAUCCGUGGCAGCCGAUGCAUUGCGAAUUCUGAUGGUUACCAUACUCCGUCAGGUUUUGAAGUCCACUCUGGACCUGACAACCAUAAGUGCCCUCACGAAUAUAAUGCCUCCCGCUGCGCGGUUGCUCCGGGCGCUGGACGAUAAGCGAUGUCAUCACAUCUUCACGGUUGUGGUGCCCUCCGGCGGCGGCAAAUCGACCCAGUGUGCCUUACUCUCCGAUGAACGUCUCCUGAUCACUGGAUUUGUCGGCGUGGACAAGGAUGCAAUGCUCACCGCACAUGAGACGGGCUGCAGCGGAACCUCUGACUAUGUGAUGAUCUCGGCUGCAACCUCCAUGCUUGCAACGGACGUGGUUGGAGCUGAGGGCGACGACGCUGAAGAGGCCAGCAAUGUACGCGUGGACAUGGAGCAAGUCAAACGCGUCAUCUUGACAGAGCUCUGCGAGAUCAAGGAGCUCAGCAGCAGCAAAAUGGCCUGCUUGAAAUCAUUGCAGAAAACACUUAUCGGGUCUUUCCUGAAGGAAGUGGCAAGCCAGCGUCCAUUGCACCAGGCGGCUGAAGCCGGACGAGCAGACUUGGUCGCGCGCCUGCUCGAUUCAAAAGCGGAUGCGGAUGCUACGACAGCAGCCAGGGACAUCCAACUCUCGCUGACACGAGCGCCAGGCGACGAGACCUGGGGCUUUGAGUUUGAUGCCUUCCAAGAGAGUCAGAGGAGGCAGGUCCUCAAAGAGAUCCUUCCCAACACCCCUGCGGGACGCUGGAAUCAGAAGCAGCAGGAGAUGCAGGUGGACUACCUUCGCCCAGGCGACGAGCUUUUGGAAGUCAAUGGCAGCCGCGAGGCCACGGCGAAGUCGGACCUCCGGCGCUGGCACCAGGUGAACCUGCUCUUCCGCCUUCGGGCAGGUCCCACCGCGUUAGUCCUUGCCUGCGCUCAAGGUCAUCAGGCUGUGGCUGAGGGGCUGCUGGCAGCCAG